AUGUUGAAAGAAGAUUUUCAAAUAUCGCAGUUGGCGAUACCGGCCGUCAGUUUCUUGAUCAGUUUCCUGGCAUACACCUCCCAAUACUUCUUUCAACAUUUCGAAGCGGUACCAUUCCGCAAAGACGAGGUCUGGAAGAUCAACAUUUUUGCACUGUGCAUCUGGGUCUGCUACUUUCGCGCAAGCUUCGUAGAUCCCGGGCGUCUACCCUUGAGUGUCAAAUCCAGCGUUCGGCAAAAGUCCGAUCAGGAUGCGGCCGCCGUUCGACAAAGAUGGUGUCGCAGGUGCGAAGCUGUCAAGCCCCCUCGAGCUCACCACUGUAAGACUUGCAAGAGAUGUAUACCAAAGAUGGAUCAUCAUUGUCCGUGGACUUCGAAUUGCGUCUCGCACUUUACGUAUCCCCACUUCAUGCGCUUUCUUUUCUAUGCGGUCGUCGGCAUGGGGUACCUUGAGACCUGCCUCUGGGAGCGUGCGUACGUGGUCUGGAAGAGUAGAGAUCUCCCAAGCUAUCUCGGACCAUCGACUGGACAAUUGAUCCACCUCUUUGUCCUCUUCGUGGUGAACAGCUUGACGGUCUUUGCUCUUUUUAUCUUACUUGUGCGAAGUCUCUGGUCUCUCAUUUUCAAUACUACCACCAUUGAAUCGUGGGAAAUCGAGAGACAUGAGACCCUGGUGCGCCGAGCUCGGGUCCUAGGCGGCUACCUCGAAGCACCCGGCGGAAAGAGAAUCUUAAUUAAGAAACAAGAAUUCCCAUACGAUAUCGGGAUCUGGUCCAACGUCAAGCAAGGAAUGGGAGGUAGUGCCAAUAUCCUCAGUUGGCUCUGGCCAUUUGCAGCUACACCCGAUCGAAAUUCGGGAUGGGCUUUCGAAGUGAAUGACUUUGAAGAUCCCGGCGUAUCGUGGCCACCACCCGAUCCCGAUCGUAUUCCGUUACCCGCCAAUCCGUCAGCAGAAGAUCGCUCACAGUUACUGAAAUCCUACGGGUCCGCAAGAGAGGAAGUAGAAGCUUUCCGUCGUCGCCAGGCUGAAGAUCUCCAUCGGCCCAGGCCCUUUUCUGUAAUUCAGAAGCGCAAGCGAUUUCAUGAGCGAUAUAAUCACCAGCAGCAGCAGCAGAAAGCUGGGAGUGAAGACGAUGACCAGUCAGAAUCACAGUCUCCCUAUGGCGAUCAAUCAGACGAAGGGGAAGAGUCUUGGCGCAAUGCAGAGGGAGAACGCCUUCGUGACUUUGGUGUGGAUGAGGAGGCGGAGUUCUACGACGAGGAUGAUAUUCCUCUGGGGGUUCUCAUGAGGCAGAGAGGUCGUCGUCAAUGA